AAAAAAAAAAAAGAAAGAAGCCUGAAGUCCGGCUGCGCGGAAGAGCAGGCGGAAAAGCAAGCCGCAGAGUUUGGAUCUAGGCUGCGUUUGGAAUCGUGGAGAUGCGGAAGGAAACCCCACCCCCGCUCGUGGUCCCGACGGCCCGCGAGUGGAACCUGCCCCCUAAUGCGCCGGCCUGCAUGGAACGGCAGUUGGAGGCUGCACGGUACCGGUCUGAUGGUUCCCUCCUGCUCGGGGCCUCCAGCCUGAGUGGUCGCUGUUGGGCCGGCUCUCUGUGGUUUUUCAAGGAUCCGAAUGCAGCCCCCAACGAAGGUUUCUGCUCUGCCGGCGUCCAGACCGAGGCUGGAAUAGCCGACCUCACUUGGGUAGGGGACAAAGGUAUCCUAGUGGCUUCUGAUUCAGGUGCUGUUGAAUUGUGGGAGCUAGAUGAAAACGAGACACUUAUUGUCAGCAAGUUCUGCAAGUAUGAACAUGAUGACAUUGUAUCUACUGUCACUGUCCUGAGCUCUGGCACACAAGCUGUCAGUGGUAGCAAAGACUUCUGCAUCAAAAUUUGGGAUCUGGCUCAGCAGAUGUCACUGAAUUCAUACCGAGCUCAUGCGGGACAGGUCACCUGUGUUGCUGCCUCUCCCCACAAAGAGUCUGUGUUUCUUUCAUGCAGUGAGGACAGUAGAAUUUUGCUCUGGGAUACCCGCUGCCCCAAGCCAGCGUCACAAUUAGGCUGCAGUGACUCUGGCUACCUCCCUACCUCCCUGGCUUGGCAUCCUCAACAGAGCGAAGUCUUUGUCUUUGGUGAUGAGAAUGGAUCUGUGUCCCUUGUGGACACCAAGAAUGUAAGCUGUACCCUGAGCUCAGCUGUGCAUUCCCAGUGUGUCACUAGACUGGUAUUCUCUCCACACAGUGUUCCCUUCCUGGUCUCUCUCAGUGAAGACUGCUCACUUGCUGUGUUGGAUUCAAGCCUUUCUGAGGUGUUUAGAAGUCGAGCACACAGAGACUUUGUGAGAGAUGCUACGUGGUCUCCACUCAAUCACUCCCUUGUUACCACAGUUGGCUGGGACCAUCAGGUCCUCCAUCAUAUUGUGCCCCUGGAGCCUCUUGCAGCCCCUGGACCUGAGCUUGUUGUGGAGUAGAAUGGAUUUCAGAAAAAAAAAGCAAGCCCUCCACCUACAAGAGUCUACUUGCUUGCCCCUGCCUUCUGUUUAUGAGAGCACCGGAGCCUUGUAGAGCAUGUUUACUCCCUAGUCCCGUGCAGUAAAUAGGCAGAUGCUCAGCCUGAGGGAGGCUGCAUCCCAUAGUGACUCAAGGAAAGCCUUCCUUCGUAGACGGAUGUAUGUGUGAGAGCACCUGUGUAUGAGUGUGUUGUGUAGCUUGGAUGGGGAAAUUACCCUUCAGCUCUCCCAAAGCAAUGCUCUUUACCCUGAACAAAGUGACCAGAGGGUUUUGUGCUUCCCGUAUCUGGGAAUUGGCUGUGUUGUUUGGAAUAUGGAUUGUGAGUAUCCCUGGAUUGAUGGGAAUACUUCACACUACUCAGAGAUGGGGUAACUUAUUUUUAUAUAGAAUUUAAUUCAUUUUAUUAUUCAGUUAUGGGAAAUACUUACACAAAAGUCUAGCCCUGUGUACGGUAAGAAGACACACAGGACAUACAGGAUUUAUAUUUUAUAUAAAUCCCUAUUAAAACGAAUCACUCAUUUUCUGGUGAAUAAAUUUGGCUGUCAUAGUGUAGUACUUGCUCACCCCUUUCCCUCCUCAGUGUCGUGUGUGAGAGAGAUGAAUGUUUUCCUGUCCUAGAUUUCACAGAAAAGUUCUAGGAAUGAUGGAACACUUAGAGAUGUUUUAGUGAGGCGUCUGUAUCUUUUUUUUUUUUUUUAUCUAAAGAUGCCCUGAGGCCUGAUUCCCCUUGGGCACCUUCCUCUGGAGUUACGAAGUUUGAAUGCUGUAUUCGUGGACUCUUAAGGUUUGAGAUCAGCAUCAGGGAAACUUGGAAAUACUGAAAGGUGAAAUAAAGACUCCGUCGUUAACAUCCCCCUCUUUUUCUUUCUGCAAAGCCGUUAUUUAUUGCCUGCUUUGCUUAGGUGAGUCACCAGAAUGACGGUCUUAACUGCCCACUAGCUUUAUAUUCUACCAUUCCCAGAGUACUUACUUAGAAUUUAAAUGUUUAUUUACAUUUGGCAUUGGUGGACCAGCCACUCUGAGUUUAUGGAUUAGUAGCUGAAGUUACUGAAGCUUUCCAACUUAUUCUUGCUAGUCAUGAGCCUCUUUUGUGAUUAUCCCUAAGAAUUUGCAGUCAUGGUCACCUGGGACCAUGUGUGGAGGUAAGCUUGUUCUUAAGUUCCUGAGAAGGAAUAAAGUAGGUGGAAUCAGUUUCUGUUUCUCAGAGAUAAAGCUUGUGCUUUGUGAUCACUUAGGGAAGAAGGGCAGAAGUGCAUUUACAUGGCCUGCUUUUUGAGCUUAAGACGAUUAAUAAAGUAUGUUAGAAUGGCUGAAAUGACACCAAAGAAAAACAAGUUUUUGAAGAACCAUAUUUUCAUUAAGUGGGAUGGAUAGCUGGGUGUGGUGGCAUGCAUUUCCAUUACUCAGGGAGGCAGAGGCAGACAUCUCUUGAGUUCGAGGCCAGCCUAGUCUAUAGUGAGUCCAGGACAGCCAAGGCUUCACAAAGAAACCCUGUUUUGAAGCCAAAAAAAAAGUGGAUAGGCGCAUUUGCUGCUCUUCUAGAGAACCAAACUUUGAUUGCCAAGUUCACAAUCACCUUAACUCCAGAUCAGUUUGCCUCUGACCUCCAUAGAUACCGUUAUUCCACAUGGACAUAAAAAUUUUAAAUGUUUUCCUUCAGGUACGUGUGCGUAUUGGCAAAAUUCACUCGUUAUAGGUAUACAACCUAGUCAAAGCCAUGAGUAAUGACAAACAAUUUUGGAUGAUUGUACAGUCUAUACAAGAUGAAAGAUCUCAAAAUCAAGAAAAGAUGACUAGUUACAGCAGGUCAUUGUCUUGGGAAUGGUUCUAGUACUGCAAGCCCCAGUGAUGGAACAGUAGGAUGUUUUGCUUCCUGAAAAGCAUUUUGUUUUCUUCAGGUUGGUGUUAACUAUUGUCUGAACAAGAGUGAAUACAUGUCCUUAGCCUUGCUAUUCAUACAAAAGCCCAAUAGCCUCACCACGGUUGAACCGCUGACCUCUGGCCCAGCAAGGUCUGAAACUUGUUCCUAGAGUGUUGUGUGUUUUGGACAAACAACACUGAAGGUCUGUAUAGUCUCAGAAAACAUCAGAUAUUAUUGAUUCUCUAGGUAUCACACUCUAUAGAACAGAUGGUUCUUGGUUCUUUAGUAAAGGGCUAUAUGGACAUUUCUUGUGUCUCUUUGUCUCAGCUUCAAAAGUACACAGUCAUGGUCAGUAGGUUGCUCAGUGGGUAAAAGUGCUUGAUGUCAAGCAUGAUGACCUGAGUUCAAUCCAUGCAGUGAAAGGACAGUACUGACUGCAGUUUGCCCUCUGUGCAUAUAUAUGCACAUAAGUAAAAAUUUAAAAUUGCCCAAACUCCAAAUUGCUUUGGGUUUAUAUUUUAUGGAGUAUAUAGUAUGUAAGGAAGGUCACGAUAUUGAGGAAGAGGCCUUGUAUUCUAAAAUUGACCAACUAAAUAUGGUACCAUAACAUUGUUUCUAGACAGUAGAGUAAAGAGCCUUGGAUUUUGAAAGGUAGUAUGUUUGGACAGAAUGCGUAAUGUUUUUUGUGUUUUCAUUGUUUGGCCUUGCUUUGAGUCCACAAAUGUGAAUAAAAAUAAAACCACCUUUUAUUUGUGUGUAUUGUGAA